AAGGAAUCUCCAUCCAUGACUGCUCUUGCCGAGUUAGAGAUUGUCAAGUAUAAUGGCAAACUCAUCCCGUAUGCUGUUAAAAAGUUGGUUGAGCGAUACGAAACAGACCCUAAAUCUGCAUUGGUGGAUAUUCUGAUGCUGCUUUUUGAGGCAUGUGGUGCUAAGUAUCAGUUUCAUGUGGAUAGCAUUGAAUCUACUGAUGUGGAUAAUGUGGUAGUAAAGCUUGUAGAGCUUGCUAAUGCUGGAGAAGUUGAGGAUCUCUAUACCUCCAAGCGGAAGGAGCUUAAAAACUUCAAGGAAAACCUUGCAUUAUUUUGGGACACUUUAGUUCUCGAGUGUCAAAAUGGGCCAUUAUUUGAUAAUAUUUUAUUUGAUAAAUGUAUGGACUAUGUCAUUGCAUUGUCAUGUACGCCUCCUAGAAUUUAUCGCCAUGUGGCCACACUUGUGGGCCUUCAGCUCGUCACUUCCCUUAUAGCAGCUGCUAAGAUACUAGCAGGCCAGCGUGAGACUACUCAGAGACAGUUAAAUGCUGAAAAGAAGAAACGGAGUGACGGGCCUCGGGUGGACUCAUUGAACAAAAGAUUAACCCAGACCCACAAAGUGAUAAGUGUCAUAGAAGAGAUGAUGAGGAAACUAUUCCAAGGGUUAUUUAUGCACCGAUACCGAGAUGUUGAUUCAGACAUUCGAGUUUCUUGUAUUAGAUCUCUUGGUGUUUGGAUCUUGUCAUACCCGUCACUAUUCUUGCAGGAUUUAUAUUUAAAAUAUCUUGGGUGGACUUUAAAUGACAAAGUUGCUGCUGUCAGAAAAACUUCUGUCCUGUCCUUGCAGAACCUUUAUGAAGUGGAUGAUAAUGUUCCAUCUCUCGGCCUUUUUACUGAAAGAUUUUGCAACAGAAUGAUUGAACUUGCUGAUGAUAUUGACAUUUCUGUUGCUGUUUCUGCCAUAGGGCUUCUUAAGCUUCUUCUGAGGCAUCAACUUCUUACCGACGAGGAAUUGGGUCCUUUAUAUGAUUUGCUCGUUGAUGACCCUCCUCUGAUUAGGCGUGCUAUAGGUGAAUUAGUUUAUGAUCACCUGAUUGCACAAAAUGUGAAGGGUUCAACAUCUGUUUCCAAAGGGGAAGAUGAUAAAACUUCUGAAGUACACUUGGGAAGAAUGUUGCAAAUACUUAGAGAAUUUCCUGAUGAUCCAAUUCUAAGUGCAUACGUUAUUGAUGAUAUUUGGGAUGAUAUGAAGGCCAUGAAAGAUUGGAAGUGCAUGAUUUCCAUGCUACUUGAUGAAUCUCCAGGAAUUGAAGUUACUGAUGUGGAUGCAACUAAUCUGGUUCGUUUGCUUAACGCUUCUGCCAAGAAGGCAGUUGGAGAGAAGAUUGUUCCAUCCACCGAUAAUCGUAAGCCUCAUUAUACAAAAGCCCAAAAGGAGGCCCUAGAUAAUAACAGGAGAGAAAUAACAGCUGCCUUAAUGAAGAGCUAUCCACAGCUGCUGCAAAAAUUUAUUGCGGAUAAAGCAAAGUUACCUGCAUUAGUUGAAAUUCUUUUGCUUUUGAACCUAGAGCUAUACUCACUUAAAAGGCGGGAGCAGAGUUUUAAGUCUAUUUUGGAUCUGAUUGCCGAAGCAUUCUUUAAACACGGUGAGGAGGAUGCUUUGAAAUCCUGUAUAAAGGCUCUUAUCUUUUGUUCCACCGAGAGUCAAGCGGACUUGCAAGAUUAUGCCAAGAAUAAGCUAAAAGAUCUCGAAAAUGAGUUACUAGUUAAGCUGAAGGCUGCCAUAAAAGCUGUAAAGGUUGGAGAUGAUGAGUAUUCUCUUUUGGUUAAUUUGAAACGGUUGUAUGAGGUUCAGCUGAAGAAAAAUUUUGCUAAUGAUGACUUAUACGAUGAAUUGGCUAGCAUUCUUAGAGAUGUAAAAGGAUUGGAUGAUGAGGUGCUUGGUUUUGUACUUCUCAAUAUGUAUUUACAGGUAGCUUGGUCUUUGUAUUCAAUUGAUGGUGAAAAUCCCUCUGAGGUCUCUUUAACGGUGCUUUUGUCCAAGAGAACGAAUCUCUUUGAGCAGCUAGAACACCUCAUGGACUCCUUGGUCGUAGUCCAUGAGGAAAGGCGUCGAACAGUUCUUCCAUUCAGAGUUUCCAUCAUACUAGCAGAAAUGUGGAACUUGUUCAAGACGUCAAAAUAUGCAUCCACAAAACUGGAGAGUCUAGGAUAUUGCCCGGAUUUAUCUACUGUUCAGAAGUUUUGGAAACUUUGUGAACAAAUACUUAACAUUUCAGAUGAGACUGAAGAUGAAUUUGCAAAUGAAGAAUAUAUUGAAGAAACCAACAAAGACGCGGUACUGCUUGCUGCUGCGAAGUUAGUGAUCAACAAUGCUGUUUCCAGGGUAACUUUCCUUAGCUUUGAUUUGUUGGGGGCUUUUAUCAACAUUAUAUUUGGAUACACGAGCACAUUGGCAUCUGU